AUGUCGUAUAUGCUCCCUCAUUUAAGCAACGGCUGGCAGGUGGAUCAGUCAAUUCUUGCAGAAGAGGAUCGUGUAGUUCUUAUACGGUUUGGACACGAUUGGGAUCCAAGUUGUAUGCGUAUGGAUGAGACACUGUAUAAGAUUGCAAACAAGGUCAAAAACUUUGCCGUUAUUUAUUUGGUUGAUACAACAGAAGUUCCCGAUUUCAACAAGAUGUAUGAGCUUUAUGAUCCUUGCACUGUAAUGUUCUUCUUCCGUAACAAACAUAUCAUGGUUGAUUUAGGAACUGGUAACAAUAACAAAAUCAAUUGGCCUAUUACGGAUGGGCAGGAACUGAUAGAUAUUUUGGAAACGGUUUACAGAGGAGCGAGGAAAGGCCGAGGGCUUGUAGUAUCCCCUAAAGAUUACUCGACCAAAUAUAAAUACUGA